ACGGAAGUAGAAUGAGUGCAGCGGUGCAACAGUGAUGAGCUUGACUAACUGUAUAAAAACCUAUAAAAUUGUCCGUAUUAAAAAAAAUAAAUGAAAAAAUUUGCUAAGUAGUUCAUAAUAGUAAAUGCAAAAGAGGCGAGCAAAUAGACAGACUCGACAAGGCGAGCAAUUGUUGGCAGGCGGAAAAGAGCUUGCACAACGAAAUUGCAACAAACACACAAAUAAGGCGAGCAAUAAGUGCAACAACAAAUACGACAGCAACUGUUUGUGUCUGACAAUUGUUUAUCAGCACCACAAAAGGUGCUUAUUUGCAUGCUUAAGCAGAGCCGCUGCCCAACUGAUUUCACCAAGUGCUGUUUUUUUCAACGCGUUUGAAAAUUUUCAAAUUGAGCGAGUGCAUGAAAAUCGGUCGAUAAAUUAGCAGCGUAACUGUGGAAAAUUUAAAUAUUAAAGUGCUGCUAAUAGAGCCGAACAAUAACAAGAGUAAGAGCGUAAAUAAGUUUAGCGAAAAUUCGUGCGCGACGCGCCGUGACUUUGAGUGGCAUUAGGGACGCCGCGGAGCACGCACCGCCAGCAAGCGACUGACUCACAGCCAACCGCGAACGCGCGACGCUGGCGCUGCUAAGCUCAAUACAUUUCAGAUCAUAACGCUUCGGUUUGGUUCAGUUCAGCUCAGCUAUGCUUGGUGCGCGCUCCACUCGUGUGCGUUUCAAGCUCACGCGCGCUUGUCAAACGGUUAGCCUACUUCGAUGGCUUAGCGCUUAGAUAACGUUUACUUAGAAAUAAAAAUAAGUCUCUGAAUCGAGGUGUUGCGAACACCGCUACUUUACGCUAUUUUUGGACUGUGCGCGCUAUCGUCUCAGUGUUCUAAUCGGCUCCAACGGCGUGUCAAUGUUCGUGCCGUGCAAAGCGCCUUGGUGUCGCCUCGCCAUUUGGCUAAUAGUCAGUGUUAUUGUUUUGCUGCUGGUAUUGGUGCUCAUCGCUCUGGCCAUCUUCGGCAGUCACCCGUGCGCAGGCGCUCUAGAUGGCUGCGACGCGUUCAAAGCGAUUUGCGCUUCAUAUAACGGCGAUCAUCAGUUCUUCUACAGCCACUGUGAUAUGCUGCGCGAGAAUUGCCUGACCGGCAGCGUCUUCAGACAAGCGAGCAACGACCUGAUGAACCCAAUACACUUAACUUAUGAACGCGAAGUCCACAGAGAAAAAAACAUAAAAUUCUGCACUGUGAUCGCUCUCUUAUAACAAAAUACUGACCGAUGUGAGCUGAUCUGUAUAAAUUAGUUUUCAGAACCAAGAUAUUACAUUGUGACAAGCAAGUACUUGGAGAUUGUAAUUUAAAUUUUCCGGUUAAAUGAUAUUUCAAAAAAGUGUAUUUUGCUAAGUUGGUAGGACUGUUCUUAAUUACUAUACCAAAUAUGAGCGCGAUCUGUCAACCGGUUUGUUUAAAGUAAUUGCUUAAGUCGGUACACCUAAGUACUGCGUUGCAAUUUUUAAAAUGGAUACCAAUAUCGAAGAAAGAAUUUGUCUAAAAUUUUGUAUUUCUAACUAAAUUUCGUGUGCGGUAUCGUUAGGAAUGUUGGAAAACGCUUACG